AUGGCUUCAUCAAGACCUCUUUUGAUCUUCUAUUCGAACUUAUUUAUCAGCGAAUCACUGCUGCGAAAACCCUCUGAAAAUUCAGAAGAGAAGGAUAGAAAGACAGGAGAGACGAAAGAAGAUCUCAAGACACGGUGGCGGGAAGGUUUUCUUGUACGGAAUUUGAAGAGUAUGGGUUUGAGGUUAUGGGCUGGAGUGAUGGUUGUGAACACAGCAAGGGAAGCCACGAAUUAUGAAAAUGUUGCAACAAUGAAAGAACAAACAGAUUGA